AUGAAUCUAUUCUUACCAGUGUCAGUUCUUGUCUAUCACAUUUUCUUCAUAUCUAUCUAUCUAUCUAUCUAUCUAUCUAUCUAUCUAUCUAUCUAUCUAUGUGUCUGCCUUCUAUCUAUCUAUCUAUCUAUCUAUCUAUCUAUCUAUCUAUCUAUCUAUCUGUCUGCCUUCUGUCUAUCUAUCUAUCUAUCUAUUUAUAUCUAUCUAUCUCAUUUUAUUUGCUAUCACAUUCUAUUUCCAACCAACUCUUUUCUCCUUAACUCCUCUUAUUUGAUUUCCUCGUCCAGCGCUUACCUUUUUUUUUCUGUCUUUCAAUUGAUCGUUCUGACUACAAACCUGCCGCCUCUAUCUGAGAGACUAACCAGCCUGCAGUCCAGGCAGAGUUUUAAUAUUAUAACUGUUUUUUUAACUGCUGUUUUUUUUUCUUUUCCAUUUUAUUCUUUCUUUUUAUUUCUUCUUCUUCUUCUUCUUCUUCUUCUUCUUCUUCUUCUUCUUCUUCUCGUUCUUUUUCUUUCCAUUCUAUUCUUUCUUUUUAUUUCUUCUUCUUCUUCUUCUUCUUCUUCUUCUUCUUCUCGUUCUUUUUCUUUCCAUUCUAUUCUUUCUUUUAUUUCUUCUUCUUCUUUCUUCUUCUUCUUCUUCUUCUUCUUCUUCUUUUUUUCUUCCAUUCUAUUCUUUCUUUUUAUUUCUUCUUCUUCUUCUUCUUCUUCUUCUUCUCGUUCUUUUUCUUUCCAUUCUAUUCUUUCUUUUUUUUCUUCUUCUUCUUCGUCUUCUUCUUCUUCUUCUUCUCGUUCUUUUUAUUUCCAUUUUUUUCUUUUUAUUUCUUCUUCUUCUGUUUUUUUUCUUUCCAUUUUAUUCUUUCUUUUUAUUCCUUCUUCUUCUCGUUCUUUUUCUUUCCAUUUUUUCUUUCUUUUUAUUUCUUCUUCGUCCUUUUUCAUUCUUUUUUCCAUUUUAUGCUUUCUUUGUAUUUCUUCUUUUCGUUCUUUUUCUUUCCAUUUUAUUAUUUCUUUCUUUCUUUCUUUCUUUCUUUCUUCUCUCUGCUGA